GAACUCUUUGCAGACAUCACUCUCUGUGUCAAGCUGUUCUAUCUACAAUGGCCGCUUCCGCUCCCCAAAUGGAAAAGCUUCAUUUCCUCUUGAUACCCCUAAUGUCGCAAAGCCAUAUAAUCCCCCUGACAGACUUUGCAAAAUUGCUAGCCAAACGCGGCGUUACCGUUUCCAUCAUCACCACACCUUCCAAUGCCGACAGGUACAACGACUUCGUCAAGAUUCAUGCGGCGAAAUCGAACCUCAAAAUCCAACUAAUCACCCUCGAGUUUCCCAGCCGACAAGCCGGCCUGCCCCAAGGCUGCGAAAACAUGGAUUCCCUCGCUUCAAUGGAUCUCGUCAUCGACUUCUUCCAAGCCUCCGACUUGCUCCGAGAACCGCUGGAGAAAAUCGUGUCGAGGCUGGACCCCAAGCCGAGUUGCAUCGUGGAUACCAGCGUGUUUUCUUGGGUGCAAGACAUUGCGACAAAGUUCGACAUUCCGAGGUACGUGUUCCAGACGGUUUCCUGUUUCACUAACGUCGUCUCGCAUAUCUUGAAGGAGACUAAGGCUGCCGACACCGAUUCUGACACGUUCUUCGUCCCUCGUGUCCCCGACAACAUAGAACUCCGCAAGGGUCAGCUUAUUGAAAACACAGUGAAACAGUCCGACAAGUGGGUGAGCAUUAUGGACAGAAUCAAAAAGACUCAUAAUUUUGCUCGUGGGAGUUUUAUCAACACUUUCGAGGAGCUGGAGCCGUGGUACGUGAACGAGUACAAGAAACUCCGGAGAGCCGUAUGGUGUGUCGGCCCGGUUUCUCUCUGCAACAGAGAAACCGACGAGAAGCGAAACAGAGGGAACAGAUUCUCCUCCGACCGAGACUGUUUACCUUGGCUUGAUACCAUGAAACCACGCUCCGUCAUAUACGCUUGUUUCGGCAGUCUCUGCCAGAUUUCACCUUCCCAGUUAAAAGAAAUCGGGUUGGGGCUAGAGGCAUCAAACUCGCCCUUCAUUUGGGUCAUCCGAGGCCUCAACUUCUCCUCGCAGGUCGAGAAAUGGUUGGAAGAAUACGGGCUGGAAGAGAGGGUGAAAGGAAGGGCGUUGAUCGUCCGAGGUUGGGCUCCACAGCUCGAGAUAUUAUCCCACCCGUCCAUCCGAGGAUUCAUGACCCACUGCGGAUGGAACUCGACUCUCGAGGGCAUAUCGGCCGGCGUUCCCAUGAUCACAUUCCCCAUGUUCGCCGAGCAAUUCUUGAACGAGAAGUUCAUCGUGAAGGUCUUGAAGAUUGGGGUGAGAGUUGGCGUUGAAGUGGGCGUGAAUUCAUGGCAAGAAGAGAAGAAAGGGGUGAUGGUGAAGAGAGAGCAAGUGAAGAACGCCAUAGAUUGUCUAAUGGGCGAUGAAGGAGAGGAGAUGAUGAGGAAAAGAGCUCAGAAACUUGCAGAGAUGGCGAAGAUGGCUGGAGAAGAAGGAGGGUCUUCUUCGUUCAAUAUCUCUUUACUUAUCCAAGAUGUGAUCGAUGCAACUUGCGAGGUACGGUGAAACUGUAGUAUUGACAAAAUAAUAUAAUUUUGUGGAAGAGGAAG